CUUUCUGAGGAUCUAGAGAAGCAUGCUAACAUUAAUAUUGGAAAUUGAAUUUUCUGACUUGCUGAUUGCCUGAGUCUUCCUGGAACCUGUCAUUGUGAGAAAAUCUGAGCUGUCAAAAUGUCAAGAGUUGCCAGUCUGUCAAAACUGCGGCAAGAAAGGAUGAGGGAGAUCAGCUUGCGGAAUAAAGAGAGAGAGCGCAUGAGGGAGCAAGAGAAGGCAGCAAGGGAAAGGGAGGCACGUUACAGCAAUGGUCAUCUCUUCACGUCAUUGACAGUUUCAGGAACUACACUCUGCACAGCAUGUAACAAGAGUAUUACUGCCAAGGAGGCCCUCAGCUGCCCAACAUGCAACAUCACUAUUCACAACCGCUGUCGAGAUGCUUUGCCCAACUGCGCCAAAAUGAAACAGAGGCAGCAGAAGACAGUCCCGUUGAAGAAUAACUCAGCCUUGCAGAAUAUCACUCUGCGUGCAAAAACUCCAGGAAUGCGUGAACGCCCAAGUUCGGCCAUCUACCCUUCUGAUAGCUUCCGACAGUCCCUGUUGGGAUCCCGCCGAGGUCGCUCCAGUCUGUCCCUGUCUAAGAGUGUCUCCACCAACAACAUUUCAGGGACCUUUAUUGAUGGCUCUCCCCUGGGGCUACGCAGGAUCCUAUCCCAGUCCACAGACUCCCUCAGUUUCAGGACCAGAGCUAUGUCAGUGGAGUCUCUCAAUGAUGAUGGAGACAUCUAUUAUAAUUCAGUGCUGGAGGAGCUGGAGAUGGAGGGCCAGGACUUUAAGGCGGAUUCUUGGAGCAUGGCUGUGGACAGUCGCUAUUUGCAGACACAUCGCAAAAACGUCAUCAAGAGGCAGGAUGUCAUCUAUGAGUUUAUUCAGACAGAGCUACACCACAUGCGAACGCUGCAUAUCAUGGAGAGGGUGUUUCAGCAGGGCAUGCUGGAGGAGCUUCAGCUAGAGCCUUGCACUGUGCAUGCUAUUUUCCCCUGUUUAGAGCCACUGAUCAGGAUGCACUCUCAGUUCCUGGCACAACUGCUCCUUCGGCGUAACAAUAGCCUGGAGUCUGGAUCCAGCUACAAUUUCACCAUUCGCCAGCUGGGAGACAUUCUACUACAGCAGUUCUCAGGCCAGUGUGCAGACGACAUGCAGAAGACAUAUGCAGAGUUCUGUAGCCGCCACUUAAAGGCUGUAAAAUUGUACAAGGAACUGCUGGCCAGAGACAAGAGGUUCCAGUGCUUUAUACGGCGGGUGAGUCGCGGGCCACUGCUGCGUUGCCAUGGGGUUCAGGAGUGCAUCUUGUUGGUGACUCAGCGGAUCUCCAAGUACCCUGUCCUUAUUCAGCGCAUUCUGGACAACACCACUGAGGAUGAGGAAGAAGUCUCUUCUCUGGCACAGGCUCUUUCAAUGGUCAGAGAACUUCUCUGUUCAAUAAAUCAGCAGAUGGGGGAGAUGGAGAAAAUGCAACGGCUCCAAGAGAUCCAGGCCAAGCUGGACCCAAGGGCUGAGGCCCGAGUCAGACUUGGCGGAGUUUUCAAGCCUGGAGAAUUGUUUCGCCGGAAACUAGUACUUGAAGGCACACUUUUCUGGAAAACUCCAGGAUCCCGGCUCAAAGAUAUACACGUCUUACUGAUGACAGACAUCCUGGUGUUUCUGCAAGAGAAAGACCAGAGGUACAUCUUUCCAAGUUUGGACAAAUCUCCAGUACUGUCCCUCCAGAACCUUAUAGUGAGAGAUAUAGCCAAUCAGGAGCGAGGCAUGUUCCUCAUCAGCGACUCCUCUCCUCCUGAGAUGUACGAGAUUCAUGCUGCCUCUAAGGAAAACAGAAAUGUCUGGAUACGCCACAUUGAGCACACAGUCAGCAAGUGCCCAUCAAGAGAGGAGUUCCCCCUAAUAGAGACUGAGCACAAGGCCCAUCUGAGGAGACUCAAAGCUGACCUUCAUCACAAGGACCAGGAAAUGCUUGAGCUCCUGCAAGAGAGGGUUACAGUAUUCUGUGAGCUGGCAGAGGUGUCAAGUGGUCAGGAGGGCCUACAGCCUCCCAUCACACGUUACCUAUUCAGGGCAGACACACCCCAAGCUCCUCGUGCAGAAAAACUCCUACUGGAAGCCACAGCUGAAGUGGACAAGUUGAGUGAAGUCCUUCUGGGCUCCAGUGUGGACAUCCCUCUUCUAUGCCAUCACAACCGCAACGUGGUAGAAGCCAGUAAUCAGGAUCUGAUGAUCAAUGGAGCCCAUGAUUUCUGUGCAGCAAAGGAGAUCUGUCAAAGGCUGGUGAAUCUCAGUGUCUACCUCCAUGCACUCCAGGGUGCUAUCAUCAAACAAGACUCCAUCUUGGAGCUGCUGCUACAGGACACCAUUGUGCCGGCUGUAGCAGGAGUAUGGCGCCCUCUCUGGCAAGAUGGUGGCAAUCGGGAGGCCAGUGUAGGAUCAACCAUUGGGGAACUAACUCUUUUGCAGAGACAACACAGCCUGCUACAGGAAGAACUGCUGAGGUUACGGGAUGCCGAGAACCGGUUCAAGGACAGCGAGAAGGCCCGGGCCAAGCUAGAGAGACAAGUCCGAAACAUGAGGGUCUGCAACACGGCUGCACCUGACUCCAAGCAGCUGGAGGAGCAGGCUUCUCAACCUGCAUCUCUGCAACCAGGAAGGUGUGUCAUAGCUGACACCCCACAGGCCAGGCAGGAGCCAAUCCACCCAUCUGAUGGUGUACAGGAUGAAAGUGAUUUGGAGGUAGACAUGACAUCAGACGAUGAUGAUGGGACAGCAUCUGCAAGCUCCAAAGAUCUUCAAGAUAUUCCAGAGGACAUCUGAUUGUCUGAAUAUUUCACAGUGCUGAUCAGGUCAUAUGGAUUUUGAUGUAACCGGAUUGACUUCAAAAAUGUGUAUCUUAUAGUCUUAAUAUUUAUUAAGCUGCUUUUGAGUGGAUGGCAUGUGGCAGAAAGUGUUUUGAUUUUUAAAUUGUAUGCUUUGGAUUAUUUCCAUGAUAUAAUCCAUCACUUGACUAAAGGGUGUGGAAAAUAGAUUGAUAUUGCUUAUAUGCAUGUAACAAUCAUAUCUCAAGUUUUGACAAGGUCUGAGGGAUAGGGUAUACAAGUAUUGCUAAUCUUCAAUUAUUUUACAUAUAGUACAAGUUAAACAUCCAUUGUUUUUUUUUCAAUAUUUUCUUCUCAAAAUCUAAGAAUUAAGUCGGAACUUGUUUUAUAUUGAAAUAAUUUUUUCCUUUAUGACAAUUGGGUAUGAAACAUGGAAUCACACUUUUGUGGUUUACACCAGAGGUUGGUGAGGGGGGGCCACCAAACAGUUCCGGGGCGGGGUCAGUCAAUGAGCAGAAUAGCCUGAAUGGGUGGAAUUUGUUUAGAGUUCCAAGAUACAAUAGUUUAAGCAAAUAUUACUGAUAUUCCUUAUUUACCCUGGUGUGAAAUUAAUAAA